UUGUGUCUGCCUGGCAUUGCAUAUGCUCGUGAAUGGGCUCGUAGGAAAUUCCCCUCAAGGUUCCCUUCGGACAACUCAUCUACCUUCAAUUUAGUUGACCCUGAUGAUCUUGAGCUCCAUAAAGUACUCAUUGCAGGAAGUGAAAGCACUAAUGCCACAAGUGCCACAAAUGCUAAUUCGCUUGGGAUGACAGACACGGAAGGCUUUUUCAGGUGUUUCAAAUGUUUUGGGAAGGUGAUGGAGAAAGGCAGGUUGACAGUGCUAGGUGAAGAGCACUCAGCUAAGCUGCUUGUACGCCGCCGGGAUUUUUGGCUAUACUAUGCUGCAUAUUUUUGUGGGGGAACAAUUGGGUUGGUCUAUAGCAACAAUCUCGGUCAGAUUUCACAAUCACUUGGAUACAGUUCCCUGACUAGUUCUCUAGUCACAUUAUACUCUUCAUGCUCCUUCUUUGGUCGUUUGCUCUCAGCUGCCCCGGAUUUCCUGCGUGAUAAGAUCUACUUUGCAAGAACUGGAUGGCUUGCAGUUGCUCUGGUGCCAACACCAAUUGCCUUCUUUUUGCUUGCUGCAUCAGGCAGUGAGGCAAUGCUGCGUGCAGGAACAGGCUUGAUUGGGAUAAGCUCUGGCUUUGUGUUUUCUGCAGCUGUUUCAGUUACAUCAGAGCUUUUUGGGCCAAACAGCGCUGGCGUAAACCAUAACAUCCUUAUCACCAACAUCCCAAUUGGCUCACUCCUAUAUGGCCUUCUUGCAGCUCUGGUGUAUGAUUCCAAUGAAGGAAGCUCAAUAAUCGGGGUGAGCUUGUUAAAGGAUGCAACAUUGUGCAUGGGUAGGUCAUGCUAUAGGCAGACAUUCAUAUGGUGGGGCUGUAUUUCAAUAGUAGGGUUAGCUUCAAGCUUAUUCCUAUUCCUACGGACCAGGACUGCUUACAACCGCUUUGAGAGGAACAGAAAUCGGACACAAGUCAUGCAGCCCUACUCACAGUCCUCCUCACAAUCCUCCUCACAGUCCUCCUCUUAGUCUCAAGUUCACAUAUUUCACAUAUUUUAAUAGUAACUUCUGGAAAAGCUUAUAGAUGUGUGAGAUUUGAAUGAGAGUUAAAAACAUGACAACAUAGAUACAAGUGAUGAGUAUAUGCUUGUUUCUCUGACUAGGAAGAUAACGAGAUUACAUGUAACAUAGAACUUAAGAUGUCAGAAAGAAAAUGUUAGAAAGUUCUGUAGAUGGCUUCUUAUCAUCUCUCACACGUCUGUUUUUGUUUAACUUUCUAUUGGGGUAUGACUUUCUCAUUUUAA